AUGGCGGCCAACUACUGGAACUCGACGCAGCGGCGGUUCUGGCUGUUUGACCGCGAGAAGCUGGCAGAGACGCGGGCAGCGCUGGAGGAGGCAGACCGGGCCUUUAUCGCCCAGUAUCCGCUGCCUGACCACCGGCUAGUAAACAUCUACAUAAACCAGCAGUUGAUCAAGCUGGGGAAGCGGAUGAACACUCGCCAGCAGGCUCUGGCUACGGCACAGGUGUAUGUGAAGCGCUUCUUCACCAAGGUCAGCAUCAGACGGACGAACCCGUACCUGCUGCUCACCACGGCCUUCUACCUCGCCUGCAAGACGGAGGAGUGUCCCCAGCACAUCAAGUACGUCGUCUCCGAAGCCAGGGGACUAUGGCCAGAAUUCAUCCUGUCCGAUGCGGCCAAGGUGGGCGAGUGCGAGUUCUGGCUCAUCAGCGAGCUCAACUCGCAGCUCAUCAUCCACCACCCGUACCGGACGCUCUCUGACUUCUCGUCCACGCUGACCAACACGAGCAGCACCGGCCUGGUGCUCUCGUCCGACGAGAUAGCGCUGGCCUGGUCGGUGGUGAACGACAGCUACCUGACAGACCUCCCGCUGCUCCAGCCACCGCACGUCAUCGCCGUGAUGGCCGUGUUUGUGGCUGUGGUGUUCAAGCCGGGGACGGCGGGCAGCUCGACCUCUGCUGGGAUGGCGGCCGGCAUACGAGAAGGGAUGGGCGACGGGGGCCGAGUGCAAAAGGUUGUGGAGUGGCUGGCGGGCAGCGAGGUGUCGAUCGAGGCAGUGGUCGACUGCACGCAGGAGAUGGUGGCGCUGUAUGAGGUCUGGGAGGGAUACGGGGAGAAGGGCCUGCGCGAGGCGAUAGGCCGGUAUGUGCGGGGGAGGUUUCUCGACAAGUGA